AAGGUUGCGGAUGAAAAGGGGGUGAAGGCAAAGAAAGGUGGCGCCAGGGGCAAGAAGGAAGACGGCCUUGCCCAGAACGGAGACACCAAGACCAACGAGAUCUUUGUGUCCCGGCCGUCUGUCAGCGUGUCCUCCGUCCGAAGCUCGGCUCCCUCCUUGAUGUCAGUCAGGGGGCAGAGUGAGACAGUCAGAGUYAAGGGAAACUGAAGCAGCAGAGGAGGCAUCAGAUGAGAAGGAGUAAAGACGCAGACGUUCUCGUCCCCCUCUGACUCCAUGGCGGCAAAGAAUCUGUAUUUUUUUUGUUUUAUUUUUAUUUUUUACUGAUGAUUUUUGUACCAUGCUCAUAUUUUUAGACUUGUGAUAGUAGAGACCCAACAACCAGCAG